UCAAGAAAAAGGACUACAUUAUUCGCGAUUCUUUUUGGAAGUGGUUGGUUUUCGCAAGGCUUCAGAAAUAGCCUACUCCCAACAGUCGGUUUGAAGUGAUUUGGAAAAGUGUUUUGACAAAGAAAUAAAAGCAAACUGAAUAACAAUAGAUGGAGUUUCAGAACGAAGAAGAAUCAUUACACAGCAUUGAUACAGAUGAUUUAAAAAGUGUGUGAACAGAAAAUAUUCGUAGUUUCAGAAAAGAAAGAAUCGUAACGCUGAAACUUAUGAUCAAAAAGUGACUGGCGAGAAGUUAAUAAGAGUUUCUAAGUAGAGAAUUAUAACACAACAUACAUACAGAUGAUUUAAAAAGUGUGUGAACAGAAAAAAGAGAAAGAAUCGUAACGGAACAUCGAAACUUGUGAUUUAAAGUGCCGGGCAAGAAGUUAAUAAGAGUUUCAAAGAGGAGAAUUAUUACACAACAUUGAAACACGCUCUAGAAAGUGUCUGAUAAGGAAAUAAUAACAGUUUCAGAACGAAGAAGAAUCAUAACGCAACAUUGAAACUGAAACACCAAAUCCAGAAACAAGAACAAAGUGCCUUCCAAAAGUGUUUCACCAAAGAAGAAGAAUCGCAGAGUUGAUUUAAAAGUGACUGGAAAAAAGGGAAAAAGAAAACUGAGAACAAUAUUAUAAGAACAACGAUACCAAACCUUUGAAGUGACUAGCAAGAGAAGGAGGAGGAGGAAGUCUCAAAUUAAAACCACAAACCAACCCUUCCAAUACAAAACACUAAACAAAAAAACAAAAAUAAGAAAAAGGAAAAACCGAGGACAGAAAAAGUGGUUGGCAUAAGACGCGUCACCCCAUCAAACCACCAUCCCUGUCCUUCCUACCUUCCUACGCCUCUCUCCACUCUCUCUAUUCACUCUCUCUAUUGGCAAUGGUCGUACGUAACAUGAGAGAGUGAAAGAGAGAGGUAGAGACAGUGAGAGAGUGAGAGUGAAGGUGUGGGAACGGAGUGAGACGGAGUGGAGGAGGUGGCGGUUGUGAGUCACUCCGCUAACCCAGAGAGAGAGGAAGAGGAGGAGGAGGAGGAGGAAGGAGGUGGAGCGAGCGAGCGAGUGAGUGUGUUAUGUGGUGGUGAACCAUGUGCCUGUCCUUCUAACUUCGCCGACGUUGUUGCUUCUGCCGACGCUUCCAACGCAAGUCUUCAUCGUCACUCGUCGUCAUAAUGCCUACACAAAGGAACGCCUCACCACCACCACCACCCAUCACCACCAUCACCACCUCGGGCAGCCCCCCCUCUUGGUCUGGGCGAAAUCACUCCUGCCCCAGCCCCCACCAGUCCCCCGUCAGCCUCCAGUUUAGCCCAGAGUCUCAACAGUCCUCGCUUAGUCCUCACUCAUCUUUUAGUCCCCAGUCCAUUCAGUCCUCAAUCAGCUCACAGUCCGAACGGCCAUUACUCACCACACAGUCAUCUUUUAGCCCCCAGUCCAAUCAGUCAGUCAGCCCCCAGUCCAUGAUCAUUCAGCCCCAGGAGUCGUUAAGCCCCCAGAGCCUACCACAGGAGCCCCCAGUGUCUAUCUCCCAGGGCAACACACCUUUCUCAACCCCAGACCCCAGUAUAGUCCCACACCCAGUGCCCAGACAGACCCAAGCCCCAAGGAAGCUGUCAUCAGCAUGUAGCCCCCAGAACAUACCUUUCUCAACCCCAGACCCCAAGUUAGCUCCAUACCCAGUACCCAAACAGAAACAGACCCCAGGAAACCCCAAACUCGUAGUCCCAAAACAGACGCAAAACCCCAAUCACCGUAAACCCAAACCUAGCAUUGUCCUGACACAACCUCUGAGCGCUAGCACCCUUGGACACACCCAUGGAAGUACCCCCUCACACCCACCCCAGACAUCGAACCCAUUGCAGGGGGAGUGGAUUGUUGAGGGGAUCGGUGAGGCUGGGGGAGGAGGCGCUGGAGUGUGUCGGGGGGCGGCGGGAAUGAUCGGAAUGGUGCUAUCGGUGGUCGGGAAUUGCAUGCGAGUCGUUGAACCGGCCAGACGGAACCUAAUCGACGAUACUGAGCUUGAACUUGAGAACACAGAGGAACAGACCACCACACGGCCGACCAACCUCCACCUCCCAAGGCAGGUCGUGAGGAAAGAAGGCGACCUGUAUAUCAUCGAAGAGGACUUGGACGUGGAGGAAGGAGUCGAGUGCAGUCCCUCAACAGUCCCAGGGUCCAGGUACCACAAUAACAACUCCACCACCACCAAUAACAACCAUAAACACCACGGAUACACCACCAGAAGGCCCUUAGUGGUGAUGAGGAGUCCGCGUGAUACCCCAACACCACCACCAGCGCCGGCGACCUCACGGGACCUAACGCCAUCAUCCCAGCGUCACCACCACCACCAACAACGGCAUCACCACCAUCACCGCCACCAGCAUAACAACCUCGGUCUCCUCAGAUACUUGUCGCAGUACACACUCCAUUGGUUUAAGUCGCAAGGUGUGGUGCAUGAGGUGCCAGCGAUCGGCAGUGAUGGGGAAAGUGAAGAGGCCUCGGGUGCCAGCGACGAGGUGACUUCCCCCGUCAACGUCAAACUCAGGCAGAACAAGAACCGUCGCAUCACACAGGAGGAUAUCAACAAGAGAUUAUCCUUGCCGGCCGACCUAAGGGUUCCCGAUGCAUUCCUGCAGAAGACGUCAAUCAGCCCGGAGGUGCCGCUCAGCCGUGCCUCCCGCAGACAAUCGCUCUCAGAGAUUGGCUUCGGCCGGAUGGAAACAUAUACAAAAUUAGAUAAGUUAGGAGAGGGAACAUAUGCAACAGUGUACAAAGGGCGGUCGCGGCUCACGGACAACCUGGUGGCCCUGAAGGAGAUCCGGCUUGAGCACGAGGAGGGGGCGCCCUGCACUGCCAUCAGGGAGGUCUCUCUGCUCAAGGAACUAAAACAUGCAAACAUUGUCACUCUACACGAUAUUGUUCACACCGACAAGAGCCUGACGCUUGUGUUUGAAUACCUAGACCGUGAUCUCAAGCAGUACAUGGACGAGUGUGGGGCACAGCUCUCAAUGAACAAUGUUAAGAUCUUCCUGUUCCAGCUGCUGCGAGGGCUUGCCUACUGUCAUCAACGGCGGGUCCUUCACCGCGACCUCAAACCUCAGAACCUACUUAUUAAUGACCUCGGGGAACUCAAGUUGGCGGACUUUGGCUUAGCCCGGGCCAAGUCUGUUCCCACCAAGACCUACAGCAAUGAGGUGGUGACGCUCUGGUACCGGCCUCCCGACGUGCUCCUGGGCUCCACCGAGUACUCCACACAGAUCGACAUGUGGGGCGUGGGCUGCAUCAUGUACGAGAUGAUCAGUGGGCGGCCGCUGUUUCCUGGGGCCACCGUGGAGGAUGAGUUGCACUUGAUCUUCCGCACGCUGGGCACCCCCACGGAGAGCACCUGGCCGGGCAUCAGCUCCAACGAGGAGUUCAACCAGUACAGCUUCAGCUCCUACCAAGGGGAGACGCUGCUGGCCAGGGCUCCGCGGCUGGCCCAUGACUCCGCCUCGGGCCUCCUGUCAAAGUUCCUCUUGUUUGAAGCCAAGAAGAGGAUUUCGGCCGCCACCGCACUCAAGCAUCCCUUCUUUGAGUCCCUCGGCCACACCAUUCACACACUCAAAGACCAGGACUCCAUCUUCUCAUGCCCGGGCCUCAUCCUUACCCGCGACCACAACUACAAGGUCCCCAACGGCAACCAGGCCAAGACGCGCCGGCAGAGCAUGCACUUCUGAGCCGGGCUUGUGAGGCACCGCCUUGCCCUCAUCUCCGAGAACCAGUCCCUGAAACAUGAUACUGAUAGUGCUAUAACUUGUAGACUCAGUGCCCAGAACAUUCAGAAUCACCUUCUCUAACAGAGGUUCUUCUGUAGAGGGGAAAUACUCACUUUCUGGGUGGAGAAACUGCUGGGAUGUGACUUUGAAAAAGAACAAAAGCCGAGACCAAUAGCCUGCUGUGAGCUGUGAGUGAUCCGUGCUGACCGCGGUGUGACCGUGGCGUCAGACUGUGUGUUUGGUCCACGCUGUGAGGUGGUUUGUGGGAGGCAAGUCAUCAGUGUUCACUACUGUAUCAGUAGACUCUACCAGUCUAGUGGGGUUUCUAGAACCUUUAGUUUGAACAAUGUAGUCUUUCAAAUAUAUUUAGAAAUCUAGCCUAAAAUUUUCUGAUGUAAUAAAUUGUUUCCUGGCCCUACUCUGUAAAAUUCCCAGACUGGUUACUCCCAAGGGCUUGAGGUAGUGAUCUGCGGGUCAGAUGUCUCGACUACCAACUUCCAUUACGGUGAUCACAAGCCCCAGACCUGCGUCCCGCGCUGGAUGCUUCACAAGAAUGCAAGUGGAAUAACUCUGUGAUGAUUCGCUCAAUGUUCUCUGAAAAUGCAAGCUAGAUAACAGCCUAGUAUUUAUGAGGAAAAUGGUGUAUAAGUCAAGAGUAGACAAGAGUAACACAUCGUCAAGAAACUGAAGAACUAAACUCGACGACAGUUUGAUCCUCAUUAAAUUCUGUCAGGAAAUUUGUGAUAGGGUAAAGUAUCAAAUUGUACCCCACUCCCCUCUUCGUUUUAACAAUGUGCAAUGUAUAGUACUUCAGUUUCCUCAUGGACUCUCGAUCCCUGAGCUCCAUGCAAGUGUCUCAUUUUUUCAUUUUGUAUCGUUGCCAUAUAGGCCCUCUUUCCUAAUUAAAUAAUAUGUUGAAGAUUAUGUGAUAUGUAACUUAAUAAUAAAGUUUUCCGUUGUAAGACAUGACACACAUUUUGGUACGUAUCUCAGUCCCACGUCUCUGUUCCGUCUUGGUUUGUUCCGAUCACUUGACUGUAGGUUUGUGGUACCUGAAAACUCUCAACAUACCCGAGGGCGCGGCGCACUGCCCCUCCCGCACUCCGGCAAUAAUUCCUGGGUCUCCGCUGCCCAUACUGUGUAAAAGAAACAUUUAGUACAUUUAUGCUCAAUGAUAGGUCUUUAGUAAUGCUAGUCCCAAGGUUGAGCAUAAAGAAAUUAGAGGGCUUAGUUUACAGUUGCGUCCCUGUCAUGCCUGAAUGUAUCCACCACAAGCUUGGUAUUCUGAACGUAAGAAACGGAGGAACAUUUUGGAAUAGGAUGAAGGAGUUUGUUAUAAGCAUUCCAAAUAUAUUAUGUAUUCCUAUAUAAAGACUUAAGCAUUCAAUUUAACUGUUUACCUGUUCCUUAGGGAUGACAUGUGACCAAUGUGUUUACAUACCAUUACUUUCCUUCUUUGUACAAAUUCUAUAAUUCCACAAACUUCAGAUCAAGAGUAUCCAAAUCAUUAACAAGCCGACUAAUAAUACUCCCCAGUUGUGUGGUAGCGACUGAUCAGUUAUGUGAAAGUUGCCUGAAGUUAAGGUUUGGUAAAAAAUAUAUAUAUUAUAAUAGUUAUAGGUAGAAUUAUCUUUGAAGAUACUUCAGAACACUAGUUCAUAUAACCUUAUUUUAUUAUUCCUAUAGAUUGCCUAAAUUGAUUGACUAUUUAGUGGCUGCGGUCACCCUUGAACCAAUGAGGCCUGCUUUUAUAUUCGUCCAUUCCCAAAGCUAUAAUGAACCAACCUAGCGAGGACACUUACAUGGCUCAGUCAUCACCAGCGUGUGUUGUAGGCAACUGUGGACUUCAGCAAGGACUUGCAGUAUGAUCCUACCCAGACUUCCUCAUAAAGAAAACACAUCCUCAUCAGUAUGCCAUGUAUGUUUAGAAAUGAGCUCAUUCUAUUUUUGAACAGGUGUCAACUAUGACUAUAAUGUAUAUUUUCAACUAUUUCUAUCAUAGGUUGAAGAACAGCAUGACAUUGUGUCAAUAUGUCCAAAGUGAAUAAAGAAAAUCUUAA